CUUACAAAUCAGAGAUGCGAUUAUAACAUCAUGGCGGGGAGGAACCAGAAUCGAACUGUCUCUCUCCCAGGAACUCAGGCCAGCGGCCAGCUACAUACCUUUGGGAAUUGUACAGACAGUGACCUGUUGGAAGAAGAUGCUGAAGUGUAUGAACUUCGGUCCAGAGGAAGGGAGAAGGUUCGAAGAAGUACAUCGAGAGACAGGCUUGAUGACAUCAUUCUGCUAACAAAAGACAUACAGGAAGGAGACACUCCAGACUGGGGAAUUGGUUGGUGGACAGCUGUGGUGAUAAUGCUGAUAGUGGGUAUAAUAACACCAGUAUUUUAUUUGCUCUAUUAUGAAAUUUUAGCGAAAGUGGAUGUUAGUCAUCAUUCAACAGUGGGCUCUUCACAUUUGCAUCCAGGACUCACACCUCCGUCACAGCACAGAGAAAUGGAAAAUGGAAUUGCUCCAACAAAAGGAAUACAUGUUAGUCAACAAGAUGACCACAACCUAUAUAGGCAAGAUCCGCAAUCACCUGCUGCUCCACACAGAACGUAGCAGUGAGCUCUGAUCAGUGUUGAUGAGCAUGUAUGCCUAUGGAUAUGGCGGUUCACAGAUGGCCAACAGCUGCUUCGACGUCAGCAUCUAGGGACAUCGAAGAUGCUCUGUUUUCACCUUGCUAGGAACCACUAAGCCUUUUACAAAUGGAUUGUCUGUAACACACACAUGUGUUUCUUUAUAUUGAGACUGGUCAGAAUACAUCUGCUGUAUCAGUUCUUAAAGCAGAAAUUAAUUUACAUGUAUGUUUAAGAAUUCUAAUGUGCAAAAUGCUGUCAUUUUUCUUAUUCAGGAUUAGUUGUGAUUAAAUUUAUUUUUUGAAAAAUUAUUUUUUAUUUUAAGGUUGUUCAUGUCAAGAUUUUCAAAUGCUUAGCAGCUGAAGAAAAUUUGCUACCAUACCACCAAAAUACUGGUUUUGAUUCUAAAAUUAUACCAAGUACUUAACACUCAAUUUUGAAACUUUUUUUUUUUUUUUUUUUCUUUCGAGACAGGGUUUCUCUGUGUAGUUUUGGUGCCUGCCCUGGAUCUCGCUCUGUAGACCAGGCUGACUCUGUCUCCCAAGUGAUCUGCCUGGCUCUGUCUCCUCAGUGCUGGGAUUAAAGUCUUGCACCACCAUCGCCUGGUUUCAGUUUUGAAACUUUAAAAACAUGUUUUAUCAUGUGCUAUGAAAGCAGAUGUAGAAACAGAUAUGGAAACGUAAUUUAUAAUUUCUGUAAUAGAGGCUAACAAAUAGAUUAAAUAUUUUAAGACCCAAAAUAAUGUCUUAGGGUUGGGAACUUAACAUUGGACCACAAGGACAAGACCUAGUCCAUAAAAAAGGAAAGCUUUAUGAGGAGCCCUCCAGCCUCACUUUCACUUAUCAUUUAAAGUAAAAUACUUGUAUCUGAUAUUUGGAAGCACUUUGAUGAAGUGUUAUUCAGAAAGGUAUAUUCAGCAAAUUCCUCUUUACAUACUGUGACUAAUCACUGCUGUUACAAAUAGUAACAUGCCUUAAUUACACUUCCUGCCUUACAAUGUUACUUUACUGUGAGCUCACACACACUUUACAAUUGGAGUUGAAAUAUUGUCAGAUUUCCUUCCAUAGGCUGUCAUUCCAUAGGCUGUGUAACUUUUGUCUUCUCUUAAACACAAGUAAACAUGGAGUAGCAGAUUUGUACUAUCUGCCUCUCGUGUCUUGCAGAGAAAAAAAUGAGUGAACAGGACUUUGACAUUAGCAGUAAACAGAUUGCUGUAUUUGGUGGCCCCUUGACCUCUGCUUUUCAAAAGAAAUGUCCUGUUUAGAUGAUCUAAAUGCACCUAAUAUGCACUAUCAAACUGAGGAACACAGGCCAAAGUGUGAAUUAGUCAAAAGGGCUUAAUAGUGACAUUUUCUAAGUCUGCUGUGAGACAACCAGUUUGGCUAAGAAGCAUUUGUAUACUGAUUUCAGUGUUUAAUUUUAAAUAUGUGUUUUUAAAAUAUCAGUACAGGUGGUAGAAUUGGGAUUGCAUGUUUUCUGUAUAAUAAACUGCACACCUUAAAAUAUAUCACCUCUUUCUGGACAUUAUUUCCUAAAUCGAUGUUUCAGCUUUUUAAGCAUUUUGUAUAUCAAAUUCUAAUCCUGAUACAAGGAAUUAUUAAUACACAUUUAUUAUAUUUGAGGUUUGUAUACUUUGAGAAGAAAAAGCACUACAAAAAGACACAGAAGUCAGUCAUUUUAUUAAAGCCCUACAUAUAUCAGAGAAGUUGAGAAAAUUACCUUUAAAGUAUUUAAUAAUAGGAAAAUUGUAGUGAAUCAAUUCCCUUCAUAUAUCUUAGUUAAAAUAAUUUUUAAUUGUUUUAACAGCCAUGUGCAUUUUGAAAUGAGCAUGAUCUGUAAAUAUGCUCAGUGUUAACACAGCCAGUUUACAUAAUAUUUAUUAAGCCUGCUGAAAAAAAUCAAAUGAAGACUUGAGGGCAGUACAGGUGACAUAACCUUUGAAGGACUUUGUUUACAUCAAACAAAAUUAGAGUUGGUGUUUUUUUUUCCCGGUUUUAUUUGGAAUUGUAAUCAAGGGUUUGAUAACUUAUGUUUAAAGGAGGAGGUAUACCUGUUGGUUAAAAUCAUUUCUAUAUUGAGCAUCCUUUUUGAGGGAAAUACAUCCUUAGGAAACAACCACACAAUUUCCUUUCCCUAUGUAUUUUAGAGUUACUAAUCAAAUAUAAUUUCGUAGAUUUUUGAAAAUCUAUUAACUAUGCAUUUGCAAAUGUAUGCAAAGCUUUGGCAUCUGCAAACCAGUGUAUUCUAGACAACACAAGCACAACUGUCAUUGUUGGAUACUAUGGAUCAUGUUCAAGCCCUUACUUGAAUUUGCUUUGAGGCUUUAAUUUUUGUGUGUGUAUUUGUGUGUGUGUACUUGUGUGUAUGCAGUUAUAAACAUAACAGAAGUGGUCAUAGUCAUUGAUACUAGCUCACUUAAAAAUUUGGAAUUGCAAGUAAAGAAAGACCUGAUAUUAGGACACAUUCUUGACUUGUUAAAGACUAGUUAGAUGUGGUUGAGUUUGUUUUGAACCAAUGGAUACCUACUUAAAUAUCAUCACUGUCCUUUCAACAAA